CGUUUUGUGCGCAGCGUGUGGCUCCCGCUGCUGCUGCCGCUGCUGCUUCUCGUGGUGCUGACGAUGAUGAUGAUGAUGAUGAGGAUGACGACGGGAUGAGCGGCAGGUGCACGAUCCUCUUCACGGAACAAGCGGCGGCUCCGGACGCGACUUUAGAGCUGCGUAAAGAACAACACGCACGCGCUUGUGACUUGUGAAUGUCGGAGCCUCUGCCUUAUUAUUUCCACGAGCUCGCGUGCUUUCACUAAAAGCACACUUGCCCAACACAAAGGUGCGACUUUGCGCCGGGAGAGAGGUCCGCGCAGACGUGGCGCGACGGAAGAUGCGUAAAGGCGCCUCGCCGCGAUGGGAUUUGAGUUGAAGAACACGUAACCUUUCCAAAAAGUCGCCCUGAUUAUUACGGCACCUGGGAACUUGAAAAGGUCUCUCCGACCGCCGGGAUGUUGUGAGCGACACGUCGCGUGGGACCGACAGGAAGCGAGAGGAACCAGGGCUGGACGCGCACCGGAGGGAUUAUGGCUCUCGCGGCGUUUUCUCUCAGCCUCGUCACGCUGGCGCUGACAAACUUGCACCUGUCGAGAGCCAACAACCGGCACACGGUGUACUGGAACAGCUCCAACAUACUGCUGCGAAGAGAGGGAUUCACGGUGCAGGUCAACGUCAACGACUACCUGGACAUCUACUGCCCGCACUACAACACCAGCCAGCGGGGGGCGCUGGAGCGCACCAUCGCCGAGCAGUACAUCCUCUACAUGGUCACCUACCGCGGCUACCGCACCUGCGACCCCCAGCUGGGCUUCAAGCGCUGGGAGUGCAACCGGCCCCACGCGCCCCACGCGCCCAUCAAGUUCUCCGAGAAGUUCCAGCGCUACAGUGCCUUCUCGCUGGGCUACGAGUUCAACGUGGGCCAGGAGUACUACUACAUCUCCACACCCACCCACCACCAUGGCCACAGCUGCCUGAGACUGAGGGUCUACGUCUGCUGCUCCACCGUCUCUCAGGCGGACGACGACUCCAGCCAGACGUCUCCCGACUACACGGUCCGGCCAAAUAUCAACCUCGACAACAUUGACGAGUUGCACUCCGAAGUUCCCAAGUUGGAGAAAAGCGUCAGCGGCAGCAGCCCCUCCCGUGACCGCCUUCUUCUCACGGUGGCGAUGCUGCUGGUGUCCGCCGUCCUGUUGUCCUAGCGACCGCCGCCCCGAGCGACGCUCCUCACGCAUAGCUGGACCGCCUUGUCCAAAGGGCUUUGUAUCCACCCACUGCAAAUAUUGGGCAGAAGCAGAAACGCACGAAACAACACAGAAUAAAAUCACCCUUAACCGGACUUUAAAAGAGGAGAGGCCUUUUCUUUCGCCGUCAUAUUUAACGCCAGUGUACUUUAGCACUCGAUGUGUCGCCGGACGUCAUCCCCACAUGAACAGAGCUGGGACGCGCUGGAUGUAGACUACGCACUGUCGCUGUAGCAUGGAUAUCACACCACCUGAGGAAUUUACACUGCGCCGACUCAGCUCGUGAAAACCAGACUGAAGGAGGCAGAAAAAGUAACAGGAGUGAGACUCAGACGACGGAUUCCACUCUGCUUUGAUGUAAAGAGCUGGACUCCGAGGGUUCACAGGUUAUUUAUAUAAUCAGUGGGUGAUGAUUACCAUCUACAACCACUGUCCUGGACACUGAGGAAUGUUUUCACGUUGGAGUGAGGCAGCAGCUGGUAAUAAGAGCUCAGAAUCUGAGGGAAAAGACUUUGUGAGGAUAUCCACAGGCCUUUCAAGAAUCCAUUUCACCCAGACAUCAGAACUACACCUGACUUUGUGAUAGCUACAGGUGCAACGCUUGCGUUUCUUAGAAGGUAGUAAGUGCCCUCAACCAGUCCUUUGUCUGCAUUUCCUGCCUUCACACUGUAACAACCCUGGAAAAAGACAGAGCCGGGGCUGGUGAUUUGACGGCACUUAGACGUGUUAGACGUGCUAGACGUGUGUUUUAUUCCAAGGCAUUUACCUUCGGCUCUCGGCGCAGAGUUCCAAGAUGUCGGACCCUUUUCUCCUCGCAGCAAUCGCCCGUUCAGAAUGCCGCUAAUUUACAAUUAUUAUCACCCCCCCCCCCCUCCCAGAUUCCCUUUUGUAUCCCGGACGACCCGUCCUGUCCUCUUCCACUUCAGAGGUUCUCAGCCAAUCAGGGCCCACGGCCAUUACAGCAGUCACCGUCACCAUGGAGACGACCCCAUACAGUCGCCUAAGUGCGGCAGGUGCCUGAGGAGAAAUUGUGCUUUGAGUCUCAAAGUGACGCUGCCGCCAUUUUGUUAGAAAAAAAAACAAAAAAAACAACACGACUGAAUGUGCAAAUACAGAGAAGAUCACUUUUUUAUAUUUAAUACAGGACACCGUACAAUAGGCUGGCAUUAAUUACAAUUUUGUGCUUUUUUGAUUUAUUCACUUUUCGAAUGUAUUUAUUUUAGCAUUAAAAUAUAUUAUUUAUCUACCUAAUUUAUUAGUGUGCAUUUGUAGGCCUUUGCUCAAUAAGCUAUUGUGCCAUUUUUUAUUGUUUUUUUUUUAAACAGUGGGAUUUUUACUGCAGCAUUUUGCUUGUGUAGAUAAACUAGGCACAUGUGAUUCAGCCUGUUCUCGGUGCGGGACGUACACGCAGCAGCUCUACUCCCAUUGUAACACAGUGCUAAUCAGAUGACGCAGCUGACGAGCGACUCAUGAACCAACUGUGAACGCACAGACGGAGCCGGUGACGGACGGGCCGCGUUCCUCGAGUGCAGCGUCCGCCAAAACGAAGGGGUCUGCAUCGUAAUGUAUAUUCAUAACGUGUGUGUGUGUGUGUGUGUGUGUGUGAGAGAGAGAGAGAGAGAGAGAGAGCGAGCAAGGGUUAAAAAAAAACACCAUAUGUGCACGUCUGCGUGCGUGUGAAUGGAGAACGUGUUCGUCCGCGCUUUUUCGAAUAUGUGGCAUUUAGAAGUUUCGUACAUGUUAAGGAGUCGUUUGUAGGAUCUGAAUAUGCAAGUGUGUAUGAGAGAAUGUGCUUUUUCUGUAAUGUCGGUUCACGUCACGAGCUUUGGGGAAAGCGGGGCGGCGACCACGACUAACGUGUUUACCUUUGACCAGAAUGAAUUUCAAAAAAAAGCUGUACAUUGAAACAAGAAUGAUUAAAAACGAUGCCAAUAAAACCUUUUUGCAAAUUUA